CAGUUACAGCGCCGUGCAAUCACAUUGCGCCUGAGUGCUUGCAGAGGAAGUUUUGUGGUCAGAUUGUGUUCCUGAGUCAGUACUGGGUAGAACCACUUUUGGCAGCAAGCCUUCUGGGUGAAUAAUCAUGCCCAGCUACACGCUUAAGUAUUUUAACCUUGAAGGAAGAGGAGAGAUCCUUCGCUACCUGUUUAGUUAUUCAGAUAUUCCCUUUGAAGAUCAGAGAAUUGAAUUUGCUGACUGGCCUGCACUUAAACCUAAAAUUCCUUAUGGGCAGCUCCCAGUUGUAGAAAUUGAUGGUGUCAUUUAUAACCAGAGCCUUGCUGUUGGACGCUACCUGGCUAAAAAAGGAGGAUUGAUUGGAAAAAAUGACUUGGAUGAAAUCCGCGUUGAUGCCUUAAUAGAUACCAUCGAUGACUUUUUCUCAAAGUUCCCUUGGAUGGAUACUGAAAAAGCUAAAAAGGAAUUUAUGGAGAAGUCUGGUCCACAGUUGCUGUCUUACUUGGAAAAAACUCUAGGAAACAACUCUUGGUUUGUUGGUGACUCCGUAACCUGGGCUGACUUCUACUGGGACACCUGCUCUGAUAGCUUUGAAAACUAUGUACCUGGCUUUGCAAAAGACUAUCCAAAGCUGCUGGCUCUGAAGGACCGAGUGAAGGCCAUUCCUGCCAUUGCUGCAUGGAUUAAGAAGAGGCCCAAGAAAGCGCACUGAGUAUUUCAGAGCUAUUUCUAAUACUAGUCACAUAUGCAUUUCUCUUCUCUCAUGUAGAAAUAAAUGUAUUCUGUACGUGUAGUGCACUAUCUGACCAAGUGCAAUGAUGCAAAUCUGUCCUCAAUAAAGAAAUUAAUACAGAAAA